AUGUCGUCGUUCUCGGAGUCGGCGCUGGAGCGGAAGCUUUCGGAGCUGAGCAACUCGCAGCAGAGCGUGCAGACGCUGAGCCUGUGGCUCAUCCACCACCGCAAGCACGCCGGGCCCAUCGUCGUCGUCUGGCACCGCGAGCUCCGCAAGGCCAAAUCGAGUAGGAAACUGACAUUCCUAUACUUGGCGAACGAUGUCAUCCAGAACAGUAAAAAGAAGGGACCCGAGUUUACGAAGGAAUUCGAAUCGGUGCUCGUGGAUGCUUUUUCACACGUGGCCAGGGAGGCAGACGAGGGCUGCAAGAAGCCCUUGGAACGGCUGCUGAACAUCUGGCAGGAGAGGAGCGUGUAUGGUGGCGAGUUCAUACAGCAGCUGAAACUGUCCAUGGAGGACUCCAAUAGCCCCCAACCCAAAGCCAGGCGCUCCGAGUCCCUUCGUAGAGGGUGGCAGCAGAUGCUCCCUGACCAGCUUGGGCCGUGGGGAAGGCCCGGCGCCCAUCUUUCCCUGUCUCCCCCCGGGCAGGCCGAGGACCUGAUCAAGGCCCUGCAGGACUUGGAGAACGCGGCCUCGGGCGAUGCCACCGUGCGGCAGAAGAUCGCCUCUCUUCCCCAAGAGGUUCAGGACGUCUCGCUGCUGGAGAAGAUCACAGACAAAGAGGCGGCGGAGCGCCUGUCGAAGACGGUGGACGAGGCCUGCUUGCUACUUGCCGAAUACAACGGACGGCUAGCCGCGGAACUGGAGGACCGGCGCCAGUUGGCACGCAUGUUGAUCGAGUACACGCAGACCCAGAAGGACGUGCUAACGGAGAAGGAGAAGAAGCUAGAGGAAUACAAGCAGAAACUGGCCCGGGUCACUCAGGUGCGCAAGGAGCUCAAGUCCCACAUCCAGAGUCUGCCGGACCUCUCGCUGCUGCCCAACGUCACUGGCGGGCUGGCGCCCCUCCCGUCUGCUGGGGACCUUUUCUCUACUGACUAG